AUGAAGAAUAAUAUUAAAUUUUUCAUUUUUUUAAUUUUAUUACUCACAACAACUUCAGAAUCAUUUCUAUUUUCUGGUAAAAUCAAAAGUGUUGAUAAGUUUUCAGACACAUUAAAGGAAAUCUCAAAGAGCCUCCCUACGAAUAUUAAUCAUGGUUUUAAUAGAAUUUCUCUAUUAAUUCCAGAAUUAUCAGAUGCAUUCGAGUCUCGAGAAAUUGAUACCGUUGCACUCAAAGAUAAAAUUAUUUCUGUUAUCGAAUCAACAGAAAAAUUAAUGGAUGGAUCUAUUAAUAGCAUUGGGAAAGAAAGAAUGGCUGUUUUUGAAGAGUCUAAAAAACUUAUUUUAAUACUCAAAGAAUCUUUAGUCGAAAGUCAGUUCCAAACCAUUGACUACAUGGAAGAAAGAUUUAAUAAAGGUAUAGAUAAAGCACUAAAAGAAUCUGAAAAAUGGCAAAACUUAACAGACAGUUUUUUAAAUGAAGUUGGUCAAGAUAUUCAUUGGUUUUUAGAAGGUCUCAACAUUAUUAGAAAAAUUAUUUUUUACUGUUGUUUUUACCAUAGUGGCAUUUGCUUAAUAAAAAAUGUAACAAUUUCAAUUAAAAUUAAAAAAAAUAUUAAUCAAAAUAUAAUAUACUUUGUAUUUAAUUUUAGCGUAAUAUUUUUCAUCACUUUAAUAACCAUUAUCCAUAGAAAGGAUAUUAUAGUUUUAUUAUCAAUCGCAUUGUCACCACUCCUCAGUAUUUUUGUUUUUGGUUCAUCCAUUAUACCAACAAUCAGACCACAUAUCCUUAGCAAAUUAUCUAAUUCAAUUAUUUCUAAUAUUAGAGAUAACAAUGAAAUUAUUAUCCCAGAGCCUGCUGCCAAUAUUUCCAAAGAACCACCACCUCUUUAUGUAUACUCAGAAAUUGGUGACUGUUCAUCUCAUAAAUCAACAAGAUAUUAUUAA